UUCUUCGAAGAUGUUUCAUGUGAUGUUAGUAGCUCUAAUACUUUUAAACAAUUAUGUAUCGGCACAAGACACAAGAUGGAAACCGGUGGUCAGAGUUUUAUUUCCGGAAGAAAAGUUAUUAAAAAGAAGUUCUUCUCAAUGCGAUACUACUGUCAAGAAUAUAGAGGGAUGGAUAUAUACUCCUAAUUAUCCGUCCGAUUACGAUAAUUAUCGAACGUGUAUAUACGUAAUCGAACGUGCAUCUAGUGAUGUAUGUAAAGUAGAGAUGACAGUUAUCGAUUUCGAUCUACAAGACGAUGACGGAUGCUUCAAGGAUUAUUUGGAGAUUCAAGAUGGACGCCAAACACAAAGAUUAUGCGGAUCGUUAGCAACAGGAACUAAAACUUUCCCUACAGAAACUUUAUUUUUUCCUCCUGGAGUCAAUACAAUCACAUUGAGAUUUCAAAGUGAUUCAGAUUUGACCUUCAAAGGAUUCAUGUUACAUCUGAAACAAACGAAGGAUUCGUGUUACGACGUACAUAAACCUAUUUAUCCGAAUCCUUCGGACGGGCAUAAACCUAUUUAUCCUAAUCCUUCGGGUGGACAUAGGCCUAGACCUACUUAUCCUGAUGGAGGACAUAGACCAGGUCCUUCGGGUGGAGAGAAACCUGAUGGAAAACCGAGUUGUGAUAAAUUUAUAGAUACAUUUAGCGGUCGAAUUACAUCGCCAAAUUUUCCAAGUGGAUAUCCGCCCGGUCAAAUAUGCAAAUAUAUAAUUCGACGUGUGAAUUAUAGAGUAUGCAAAAUACAAUUAAUAUUUAAAACUUUUCAUAUUGAACCGAGUGGCAGUGGUUGUACUAAAGAUUAUUUAGAAUUACCAGAUAGAAGUAGAUUAUGCGGUCACUACGCUCCUAGAAAAAUAUUUGAAUUUUCAUCCGGAAAUGAUAUUCUCUCAUUGAAAUUUAUGAGCGAUUAUUACGGAUCGGGACGUGGAUUUGAUAUCGAAGUGACGCAAAUUCCGGAUUCCUGUAUAUAUCCACCGCAUCCUCCUGUUUCACCUCGUCCAGGUCGAUGUGAUCAAGAAGUUAUCGGUUAUAGUGGAAGAUUUACUUCACCUAAUUUCCCUGCUUACUACGGUGCCAAUGAAUAUUGCAUUUAUACAAUAAGACGACCGAAUAUUGAAGUAUGCGUUGUCGAACUUGAAUUUAAAGUGUUUGAUGUAGAAUACGGCGGAUCAGUUUGUUCACGCGAUCAUUUAGAACUUCCUGAUAAAACUCGAUUAUGCGGAAGAAUUUCUGGAACAAGGCAAAUAAAAUAUGAAGGAGCAGAAAAGAGUCUAAUAUUAAGAUUUUCCAGUAAUGCUUAUAGUUCUGGAAGAGGUUUUGAUAUUCGUGUGUUGCAGAAACCAAAUUCAUGUCCAACUAGCCCAAAAGAUUGUAGUUAUGAAAUUCGAGGCCCUUAUGGUAGAAUGACAUCGCCUGGUUUUCCCAGAAGAUAUGGCCCUUCUCUUAGAUGCAGAUACACAAUACACAGGCCAGAUUAUUCUACUUGUAAAGUACAACUGUUAUUUCGUGUUUUUGACGUAUCUUAUAGCAUCAACUGUGUUCAAGAUUAUUUAGAAUUACCUGAUCGUUCUAGAGUAUGCGGUUCUUACAUUCAGACAAAAACAAUAGAAUAUCCUGACGAACAUACUCAGACUCUUGUUAUGUAUUUCAUCACUAAUAGAGCUGGUAGUGGAAGAGGCUUUGACAUAGAUAUUCGACAGUUAGCAAAUUCUUGCAAGAAACCUCCUCAUCCGUCAUCGUGCGACCAAGCAAUAAAAUCCGAAACUGAGAUAAUUACUUCGCCGGGUUAUCCAGCCGAUUAUCCGAGAAAUGUUAAAUGUUCUUACAAGAUCCAUAGUUUCUCUUUAACAACGUGUAGAGUACGUUUGGAAUUUCUUGAUUUUGAUGUAGAGCAUAGUUCAGGCUGCGUGGCUGAUUAUUUAGAAAUUACUUCAACUGAAGAGAGAUUCUGUGGAGCCAAAAAACCGGCUAUUAAAACAGUUACAUUUCCAACUGGUUCUGAUACUCUUGAACUGGUUUUCAAGUCUGAUGGUCAAACUACAAGAUCUGGUUUUCAAAUUAAAAUGGUUCAACUAGCAAAUUCUUGUUAUAGACCCGUAGAGGAUCCAAAAAUUUGCGCUACUAUAACAGAAAAAACUGGUACAUUUACUAGCGAUAAUUAUCCUCUACCUUAUAACCCAGAAACGGAUUGUUAUUAUCAAAUCAUUAAGUAUAAUAGUGCAGUUUGCCAAGCAAAUCUUCAUUUCUCGGACUUCGUUGUUGGUUCAGAAAACGAUGCCACGUGUGUCGAAGACUAUUUAGAGAUUCAAGGAACACGCUAUUGUGGUGUCAGGAGAGGAGAAAAUGUUGUGGUUGGUUUUCCUUCGGAUAAAAAUGAUAUUUCUUUGAGAUUCUCAACUGAUGCAUAUAGAGAGAGAUCAGGAUUUCGUAUUGAAGUCAGCCAGAUUACAGAAGGAUGCGAGAAAGCAACAGAUGAUGAAUGCGGUGGAACGUAUACAAGCGAAACAUUCCAAAUUGUUAGCCCGGGUUACCAAAGCGGAACGUAUAAAGCUAAUUUGGAUUGUAAAUACUUAGUUAAGAAAUCUUCCUACGACGUUUGUGCUUUAGAAAUUAAAUAUUAUAUAUUCGACUUAGAAGAAUCGGAAGAUUGUAAGAAAGAUUAUUUUCAGAUCGGUGACAUAAAAUUAUGUGGAAAAUUAGCCUACGAUUCGAUUCGUACUUACGAGUUUCUAGAAGACGAAUUAACUUUGCAAUUCCAUUCGGAUAGUCAUCGAAAUAGUGCUGGGUUUUUCCUGUCUGGUACACAAAUAAAAUGCUAGAAAAUGAAUUUAUCUUUGUAAAUAUAAAUAUAAAAUGCUAACAAUUUUAUAUGCCAAUGUGUGCUAAUUAAUUUUUAUAAAUAAACUUUAAAAUAUAGAAAAUAAUUUAAUCGAUAUAUAUAUUUCUUUUAAUAUGUCAAUAGGUAAAAUAUUUCUAUGCAGCA